UCGGGUGAAGAGCGAAGAGAGACGACGGAGCUGUCAAACAGCAACAAUCGGCUUGAAAUACUAUCCCGGGCGGUGCAACAAACAUCGUACUUUGCUCUUUUGUGGUAACAAGGACGACAGAAGCAGACUUCGACAUCACUUUGAGCAUUCAACCUUUUGGGGAAUUGGGGACUUCUUUUACCGCUGGCGACGAAAAACUUCCUGUUUUUAUGUUGUGUGUUUGGUGGAUCAGGCUAAUGUUUGUUAGCUCUUGGUUUAGCUUAGAGUUUUGUUGACAAACUAGCCACAGUCAGCUGUUCUGUUUCGAAGGGUUUCGCUUCUCGUUUGUGACAAAUGCUACACGAGAACGGCAUGGCACCCAGCUUCAACUGCUGUAAACAUCUCCAUGAAGUAACAUCAGGUCUCCAAAGGCUCACAAUACAUCCGUCAAACAUGUGAAAUCCCUCUCAUCCUGGUGGACUCCCCACUUACAAGCAGUGAGGAACUGGACUAGUGGGAAACAUCUUGGAUCCAUCCAGGGUGUGUCACCAGGUGUGCCCUGAACCAAAAUAUUAAACGGAAGUCUAUGCGUGUGACAUAUUCUCUCCCAGGACACAAACUGAGUGAAGUCUGUGCUGCCGUGGAACCCUCGGCACCCUUAAAACAAUCCAGUCCUCUUGUCAUGUGGGUACAUUACGGGAAAAGGCCCAUAUUACCCUCACUGGUGUCACCGUCUUUCACAUCACCAUGGACCGGAAUAAACGCAACUCCAUCGCUGGGCUUCCUACGCGACCCGAACGCACCGAUGAGGACAGAGAUGGUUUCGGAGGGUUAGGGGUCGGCGAGAUGGGCAUGGGCCCGCCGUCACAGGUGGGCAGGGUGUGGCCCUCAUCCUACAGAGCCCUCAUCAGUGCCUUCUCCUGUCUGACGCGCCUUGAUGACUUCACCUGUGAGUGGAUUGGCUCUGGAUUCUUCUCUGAUGUCUAUAAGGUACGUCAUCGGGCUUCAGACCAAGUGAUGGCUCUGAAGAUGAACAAGCUCAGCAGCAACAGAGCUAACAUGUUGAGGGAGGUCCAGCUAAUGAACCGGCUCUCCCAUCCGCACAUACUCAGGUUCAAGGGAGUGUGUGUCCACGAGGGCCAGCUUCACGCUCUGACCGAGUACAUCAACGGUGGAAACCUGGAGCAGCUUCUAGACAGCAACAAACACCUGAGUUGGCCCACGAGGGUGAAACUGGGCUCCGAGAUCGCCAGCGGUUUGUCCUACUUGCACUCCAAAGGCAUAUUCCACCGGGACCUCACCUCCAAGAACUGCCUGAUCAAAUGCGAGGACAACGGCUACACGGCAGUGGUGGGAGACUUUGGCCUCGCAGAAAAGAUCCCCACCAAUCCUGCUGAAGUAGAGAAACUCUCAGUUGUUGGUUCUCCUUUUUGGAUGGCUCCAGAGGUCCUGAGAAAUGAACCCUACGACGAGAAGACCGAUGUGUUCUCCUUUGGGAUAAUCCUGUGUGAGGUCAUUGCGAGGGUCCAGGCUGACCCCGACUUCCUUCCCCGCACGGAGAACUUCGGCCUGGACUAUCACACGUUCCAGCACAUGGUUGGAGACUGUCCACAUGACUUCCUCCAGCUGGCCUUCAACUGCUGCAAUAUGGACCCUAAACUGCGUCCUUCCUUCCCAGACAUCGUCAGGCACCUCGAGGGCGUUGUCGCAGGCCUCAAAGUUGAAGAGAUGGAGCACGAGUGCGACCCACUCAGCGGGGACAACGACAAGAAGACCGUGUCCAAAGGUGAGAAGAUCCAGGGCUUCAAGCGACUGAACCCUCUCGGUUUCCAGGAUGAUAAAAUCCCUCCAAAAUCCCCACGCCCACGACGAAACAUCUGGCUCAGCCGCAGCCAGUCGGACAUCUUCUCAUGUAAACCAGGGAGGAAAGUCAACGUCCAGGACCCUUACUACAACCCUCCCAAUGCUCAGAGGGCCUCCACAGCCCACAAGAUCAACCCAUUCACCGCCCGAGAGGACCUGUGUGGGGGCAAGAUAAAGUUUUUCGAUGUGCCCAGCAAGUCUGUCUUCUCGCUGGUGUUUGACCUCCACUCGCCUCCGGGAAGUGUGUUCAGUCCCCAGCCGUCUGCUCAUGGACCCGGAGGAUCCCAACAGGGGACGUCUUACUACUGGCGGCAGCUGCCAGGAAGACAGUGUCACUCUCUACCGGUGUGCCCCCAGCUGCCCCGCUCCGAGGCCUUCCCCCUCGCUGCUGAUGUCAGCACCAAUAACAACGGUUCUGUUACCUGUAACUCCAGCCAGCUCGCCACAACGCUGCUAGGAAUCAACUCCAGGUCGGACACAAUCCUGGCGGGAAAUGAUGUCCUGCAGAAAGCGGUGCUGAGUGGCUGGGUGAAGAAAUACGUCGUGGUUGAGAUCCCACCUUACUGCAGGCAGCAAGGAGGGGAGGAGGACGGAGAGGUGGAGGGGAGGAAGGAGCAAAAGGAGGAGGAGUUUGGGGAGAGCUGGUCUCCGAUGGUCCCCAGCAUUGAGAGAAACAGUGGAGAGGCGAUGGACUGCUCCAGCAUCCUGGAGGAAGAGGAGGAACGAGAGAGAGGGACCGACCCCUGCCCCAUGUAACGCACAUGUAACUCCACACACGCACUCGCACACACACACAUGGUGGAGGUGGUGGAUUUGGACAAGAGACGGAGACUUUUAACUUUGGAAGGAGGACAUGGAGACCUGACACAUUUCAAAAAAUUUGGAAAAAGACAAAAAUGAUUUUUAUCUUUCAAGUGAAUGUUUCAUAUUGAUUCAUAAAAUCACACCUGAUGGAGAUAAAUAACUAACUUUCAAAGAUGUUGAACAGAACAAGUCUCCAUUUAGCACAAAGAAAAACCUGCUUUUAGCAACACAAUGGACACUCGGCACAGAGAUUAUUUUUUUGAAAAGGUUGUUUAUAUUUAAUAUUGUGAGAUGAUGUAGAUUUGUUUUCUUUUAAAGGUUUCGUAUAUUAUGCGUCUUGUGUAUGGAGAUCCGUUGUGUUGUGUCUGUGUUUAAAAAUCAAAGCUUGUGUUUUGAUACUUUCCCUCUGUGUUCUUUGUUAGACAAAUGUUUAUAAGAAAUCAAAUCUGAUUAAUGAGACGAGGUUCAGACGAGAAAAUGAGGCGAUUUAUAAUAACUGGGAGCCUGAACAACAACACUCAGACAGAUGUUUCACACCAAGUCUCCUCCAACGGAUUCACAGGGAGCUAAAUGAGAUAGUGAAUUUAGAGAGGAGAUGGUUUUAGUUCAGGAUUUCAACUAGCCACUCGUUGACAUAGUGGCGUUUUUUGUUUGGUCAGAUGCGCGAUAAAUCAGCAUUCAUCCUUCAAAGCAGAGCAUUCACAAGCGGUGUUGUCGAGACGUUAAAUCCAGAACACGCAAUGUAGGCAAACAUGAAUAUUGUUCAAAUUAAAAAGUCCUGGUAAUGUUUUUUGCUUCUCGAAAGCCAACUUUCAAAUCUCAGAUGUCAGAGUUUACUUGAACUCACCACACGUUUUCAAAACAAUCCCGUCUUGCAGCUCUAAGUGAAAGAACAAGUUUAAAGCAAGACUAUGUAACUUUUGAAAGACAAAAUAACACAAUAUUUCUCUAACAAAUGAAGAGUUGAAUUCAUAAACAGUAAAACUCACCCUGUCUGGCUUUGAUGCACUCGGGGAUUUAGCCGCUAAAGCGUCACUUGGUCUGGUCUAUGACCAGUAGCUUAUGGUGGCUAGUAUUAGCAAACUUUAGAUGUUGUCACUUUGUCGACUCACUGUGAAGUGCAACUCACACUAUUCGUGUCACUAAUACAGUCUCCAAGGGCCAGCAUGCACUUCCACCCUCAACAAUGUCGUCAUUAAAGCAACUCGCAUCAAAAUAUCAUGAGAAAUAACCACAGCCAUCAUGCUGUAGUUACCACAUACGGCCACAGGGGCUGCUGUUCUGAUAAAGUAGCAUCGUCUAGCUUUAAAGUCAAACCUAUAAAAUCUAUUAAAACCAAUAAAACCUACCCUAUGCUGAAGGAGAUAAGAAAGGAAACAUCUGUCGAUGAAGAAAUGUGACUGUAGCUGCCGGCAGCUCCUCACAGGACGUUGUCUCUGUCUUUGGCUUAACGGCCAAAAACACAUUACUUGAAGCAGGGGGAGAUGUAUUUUCAUGUUUUUGAGAACCUUCCAAAUCAAAUAAAAAAAGACUAUUUGGCCGCAGCCAAUGUGUUCCCUGAAGAUGGGAAAUCAAUCUUAUUGCACAAAACAAGAAGUCUGUUCACUGCGUCAAAGUCCUACAAAUAUGUCCUGAAACAGUGUUAAGAAACAAGCGACGUCUUUACAGAUGUUUGGUUAUCAGUCUACCAGAAAGGUGCUGCAAUGAGGAGACUUUUGACUACACAGUGUAUGCAGCUAUACCUCUAUUUAUACUGUCUCAUGCAAGUCAAAAUUUCACUUGGUGAACAUUUUUUGGAGUAAUAAUUUCUGUAGAAUCCCUCUCAAACUCCACUAGAUUUAAUUCCAUGUCAUCCCCAGCGUCUUAAAGGAAAACCCCAGUGAACUUCACUUCCCUAUAAACUCAAAGGAAACUUAUAAUUGUACCUAAAAAGCAGCAGAUGAGUCAGUCUCACAGAAUAAUAUUUAGAUUUUAGGGAAACUGCACGACCUGCUCUUUAACUUCUUUCCGUUCAGAUGUUCCCGAGCGUCUGAUGUAACCAGACGGAGAGCUGAGCUUACACACAAAUUAUUAGUUCUGAAUAAAUGUAAAUGUUCCUGCACUUUCCCCCUGAAAAGAUGGUAAAGCUUGUAGUGGCAGGAUUUUACUUGCAUUUAAAUGUAUAUUUUCUUUUAAUUAACAGUAAAUUUAUCCCCAAACAGGAGCUAACUGUCUCACAGCAUCACACUCCCUCGUGGGCUAACAUUUGGUUCAACUGGUGGUCUCAUGACGUUCUCUACUUUUGGUAUCAUGUUGAGCCAGUUGGUCUGUGCUGACCUGUGUGAUCUCUUCAGUUGGAACUAGAAUGCACUUGUACAGAGAUAACCAGCAAUCUCUCAACUACUCGUCACUACUUUUCUAUGCAACCAAUGUAUUUUACAGUAUAAAAGAUCUAAUUAGAUAUUUAUGAGAAAACAUUUUUAACGUCUUACCUUUUUGUAUAUAAAGUUUGUUACCUGCUUUGAUGAAUACAGAUUGAGAUGUUUUUGCUGAUCGAAUAACAAAGCGUCUCCGUGUUUUCCUUGUCUGUCUUCUUUUCUUCAGCACGACUUCAAACCUGUUUCUCUCUCGUGUCUCAAGAGCUCAGCGUCCGUUUUCCUGAAAGAUUAUUCAAAAAUAAAACCCGGAGGUUGAUGGACAAAACUUACUGCAAUUUGAAAGUUAUUUCUAAAAUCUUCUGUCCAUCCAGACAGAAAAAAACGUGUCUGCUGCAGAAUCAAAAUAUUAUUUAAAGUCAUUUUUCAAGACCAUUUGCUAAUCCUAAAGAAGAUUAUAACCAGAGAUGACACACAUUUCCUUAUUUUGUACUUAACUUUAUACAUGUUCUUUUGUUUUGUUAUAUGAUUAUAUGUAUUUUAUGAAAAUAUGAAAAAAGGAAACAUUGACUGAAUAUAUUUGAUACCAAAAUAUAUUUUUUGGUAAAAAUCAAGUAAAGAUUUUAAUGAUCACACAUUCAAGGCACAAACUCAGACUCACUUUUGCUCAUUAACUUACAACGUCCAACAUAAAAAUGACCCCGAUAAUAAUAAUCAUAGUAAUAUUUGGUCCUGUCUUCUGUAUAGUUCACCUCUGGCACCAAUAAAUCUGACAGGUUUUAGUUUGGUGAAACACGGGACCAGCAGACG